AUGGCAAAUGAGUUCAACAAGCAGAACUUAUUUUCAGGCACCCGAAAGCUCAGCACUGAGGAAGAAACUCUAGCUCAGCUAUUCCCAGGUGCCAGUGCUUCAGCAAGACGCCGCUCCCGGAGCGCAGCUCCGUGCGGCUGCCGUUGGCCGCGCCCCGCCCACGUGGCCUCGGCACGGGACGGGGGGCGGCCGUUGGGCUGGCGGGGGGCGGGCGCGCGGCACUCCGCUGCCCGGCGGGGUAACGGGACCCGGGGCUGGGGCGCGAGGGAGGUCGGCGAAGAGAGGGACGGGGCGAGCGGCGCGCAGGCGUCGCACCGUUCCGGGCAGCUACAGCCGCGGAACGUUCUGGAAACGGCGGCGGUGUGGCCGGUACCGGGCGGGGACGGGGUAAACGGACGGAGCACAAGCACGGCCGCGGGACGAGGAGCCGCCCCGGACCGGCGGCCGCCUCCUCCCGCCCCAGCGGCUCGGCCGCUCCUUCUCCAGGGAGGGGUUUUCCGGCGGCGAUGGCGCAGAGUUUAUUGUACUGGUCAUGUUUUGUAACACAGCUGCCAUCCUUUCCUCUCUGAUGCAAGCAAUGCAUCAUGUGCUGUCAGCUGACCAGAAGCAGGUAAGCAGAUGCCAGUGACCAUGCAAUAAAAGGGAGCUGCAUUUACCUCAUGUUCUUUUAUGUUUGGUUGAUUACAGAGGUCAUUGCUUGAGGUGCAGGCAGGCUGACGUGCAGGCAAGCUACAGACUGUCAGCCCGAAUGGAGUAUUUCCCAAGGCAGUAAGUAUUUCCCAAGACAGAGUGUUUGUUCUUCUCACAGUACUAUAUAAGGCACGGCAUGAUUCAUCCUCCAGCAAUGACAGGCUGCAGGUGUAGUGCAUGCUGUAAUACUGCAUGCUCCUUGUACAGGUAUCGUGCAGUUCCAAGAGCUCCAUUUAAGUUGGUGGGUAUUCACAGGGAAGAAUCUUGGAAUAGCUACCUUUACAUUUGUUUCUUCUCCUUGGCUCCAGAGACCCUCCUUUCCACAUAGCACAGCUGCAAAACUCCUUUGUAGCUGAACUGUGUUGACUUGUGCAGUACUUCCCUUGAUCUGCCUUCCCAAGCCAAACAUCUUCUAUCAUCAGCUGUGAAAACUACUGGGCCGAAUCAAGAUAAGCAUGUACAGCAACUGGUCAAACUGUCGUGGCUGUAACUGAAAGACUGCAAAUCUCAAACUGAAGUACUAAAAUCUGAAGAUAGGAAUCUUUUGCAAAUUCUUAGAACAGUGUCAUGCUGCUGAAUGCACGUGUGCUGGCCUCUAGCAGAUAACCAGCAAAUCAGCUCAUAAGCCCACUUUAAUUUACUCUACAGACGGAACUGAAUUUCAUUGCUUCUUCCUAUUUGACAGGAUAGUUCCAGGUAUCAUUUUUCAGUUAUGGAGGUCACAGAAAUCCUUUCCAUUAUCCAGUGUCAACUAGUGGAGUUUCCUAUUACUCCUAACUUUAUUCCAUCUUUACCAAAGGAAAAAAACUACCACCCACUCUCUGCCCAAUGGAUUCUUUCUGUGUCUUCUGCUUCCAUAUUAGAAAACUCCAGUUUUCUUUCCCAAGACUCAACCUAUUUUUCUUAAAACUUUCUUUGCUCUAAGUUGUCUUUUUUUCCCCACCACAGUUAAAGUGCUUUUACUUGUACAGAAUGAGUACAGCAUGUAAAUUCUUUCAUCUUUCCUUCAGUAAUAGGUUCUGUUACUGCAGCUUUACCAGCUUAAGGAACACAUACUGGCUUUUGCUGUAGUUAACUCAUUUUUCAUUUAAGUCACCAGCCAUGACUUUUACAAUUCAAGGUACUGAACAGUAGAAUUGAAACUGCAGAGCUGUUUUAUUUAUUUGGCAUUUUAGUGUCAGCUGCCUGGAAUUAUUAUCAGUAAUCUACUAUUUAGGGUUGAGAAUAGUGGAAACUGUCUCUAUAGUAUUUGUAUAAUCUAAAAUCCUUAAUACUACUAGCAAAAGUAAAAAAUGUACCUAGAGCUAUUCAAAGAUAUUGAAGAGGAUAUGGAAAUAUUAAUUAUUGCACUAUUCUAGAGCUCUUCUGCAACAAUCAUUUUUAAAAUCCUCACAUUCCUGCAUAAAUUAUUGUGAAAUUCACUAAGUAUAUUCUGUGAUUGGAUUUAUUGUUAGUGUAAGAUUCUAAUUCUAAUAAUUUUGUAGCUAGUAAGCAAUUACACAUAACCAGUAUUGCAGUAGCAUGUAUAUUUCUAGUUGAGAUACUUGAAAUUUUUAAAUGCUUAAAUUUCAUCAAAACCUGAACUUGAGAUGGUGACAGAGUAGUAGUUACUUGCUUUAUUCCUCUUCAAAUUAUUUCAGUUCUAUAGCUGCCCCUACACUAUUCAAUUUGAGCAGUGGUGUAUUGGGUUUGCAUCUGGCAAUAAAGAAGUUAUUCUUUUUCAGGCAAAUGAUUUGCAGAUCAGUCUUUUUUUUUUUUUAAUUGCCUUUAGCAUUUUUUAAUCAGGAGAAAUACUUCAAUUUCACACUUCUAUAUUGGUUCUUAAAAAUAGCUUGCCAAAUUUGGAAUUUGGCCAGCUUUAUUACUUUUUCCAUAGUAACUUAAAAGUAGUUACAAGAAUUUUUAGUGGUAAAUCAAAAGAUGACUGAUGCAUCACUGAUCACAAAUGGACUCAUUCAGCAAGUCACUUUGC